AUGCUGGACCUAGGAAGACAGUGGAGGAUGAGAAUAGUUGUGGAUGGGAUAGUAAUUUGCAGCCCGAUCCACUCAAGUCGGGAAUGGUACUUAAUAUUCAAUUCUUUUUACAUCAUUCAUUGCUUUGGUAUUUCGAAACUUCUGUACAACUAUGUUGUAGGAACAAGAAGAGUGACCCUUUCAGUGGUAAUUGACAGUGUUUUUUAGGAACAAUUUUUUUGAGUCGCCCUUCAACACCGUGAAAGGAAAAAUCUUAAAAAUCUGCUUCUAUGUAAACUUCCUCCAGCUCAAGAACAUCAACUCAGGUUACUGUGGAGUUUGAAUCCGGAGACGCAUCGUUUUCGUUUGCCUGGGCCUGAGGAUAUAAAGCCUUUGGAGAAGGAGCUUUUGAGACUGCCGGUUUUAACGGAGUCUUUUCCUGUGGGGCCUUACACACUGACCGAUUUUUUCGAGAACGGAGUUGCUGCCCUUAUUAGGCAGGAUGAAGAAAGAAGUAGUUACGUAGAAGGAAAUUAUGGAAAGACAGUAAGUAGAAAUGAAAGACAACGACGCGGAGACAAGCAUUCGAACAGUGAAGACGACGAGGAGUCAGGCCCGAUCUCAACCAAAACUCUAGUUAAGGCUACAAGAAAUCCAUCUUCCCUAGCAUCUAUCUUGGUAGUCCCGUCUUCAAAGGGAAAUGGGGACCCAAGAUGCGGCUGGGGAUGGAUUUCUCUGAGUUCUAAUCUAGACAUGCUAGAAAGUUUUCGAAGAGAAAUUCGUGCUCAAGGGAGACGUAUGGAGGAACUAGAACGCAGCGGGAUGACUCGAGAAGAGGCCACACUUUCCAUCUUCUCAAGCGCAAGGGUGCCCAUAAAAAAGCAGAGACAUAACAAAAACCCAGAUGGAAACAAAGGGAGCAACAAGAACAAGUCCACGACUCACAAGAAGUCCACUCGAGGUUCGGGCUCCAAGAGUAGAAAUAGAGAAGCCCAGCGUACUAAAAAAAGCAAUCGAGGAGGAGGAGUCCGCAAUGCCGAUGGUCACCAUGUUGGAGACAAGAAUAAGAUGAGCAAUGCUUUGACCGUCGAAGGCGUGGCUCUUGAAGAUGGACACCAAGAGCGCAUGGCCACUUCAGGUCAAGUAACAUCUUCAAGUACUAGUAUUAAGGCCCAUAAUGAUAACAAGUAAUUCAAAUUCAUCAUUUUCAUCUUCAUCUUCACGACACGAGAGUUUUUGUUUCAGUUUUCUUCCUGGGCUCGUUCCUUCUGAAACUGAAGCGAGUAUGGGAGAACGUAGACGCAGAAGAUUACUAUACUUCUUGAUCUUGUCCUUCUUCUUGUCGUUGAUCCAGAUUUGCUCUAAUGCUAGCUCGUCAGCAUUAGCGUCUAGUAUGGCGCCGCUAGGUCUUCCACCACAGAAACAUUUCGGAACGAGUCAGCAGCAUCAAACCUUGUUGGACCAAGCCAUGGUCCAUGGAGACCAAGAGAUGGUUACGGCUCAACAUAAAACACUAUAUAUAGAGUAAGUAAAAUAUCGGGUUUCGAGUUACUCGAGUUGCAACGAGUUGCUCGAGUUGCCGAAGCGAAGGGCUUCAAUUCUUGAACGAGUUGCCACGAGUUACCGGAAGCCAUCCGCUUCACCGGGAUGCGGCGCAGCAGGGCGGUAUGGGCACGGUUGUGGCUGCGCGAAGUGAAGAAGUGGCUGCUUUUGUUGUUGCUCUCUCAUGAGAGGGGCGGCCGGUUGUGAAGGGCUCCCCAGCGAGCCCCCCCGGCUUUUUUUCUUGUUGCGUGUGGGCGCGCGUUCGAAGCACAGCCAGGCACUAAGGGGCCGACGGCUUCGCCUCGUUGUUUUUGUUUGAGGGGAGAGAGUAUCGCUGUGGCUUGUCGUUGGGUCGGUGCCAGUCUCUCCCUUUUUUCUUCGGAUGUGUUCGUGGCCAGUGCGUCUCUUUUGGGACUGGGAGCGAGUUCUGGUUUUCGCCUGCUUUGGAGAACGGCCUACUCAGCCGAGGAAGCAAGUAGAGAAGAGCACGUGGCGGAUGCCUUGCGUGUUUGAUCAAGUGGCAGGGAGGAGUUCCCGAGCUGAGGGUGGUCACUCACUCUCGUCGUUGGUGCGCAUUAAGAAGAAAACCAGGGAGCGGAGGCAUGUCGUUGAAUGUCGUAUGCUCCUGCUAAGGUAUCCCAGAGUCUCACAAAGCUGCGCCCGAAGGGCGCCGCGCAAAAAAUUACGGCGAGCAACUCGAGCAACCCGAGCAACCCGAGAAACUCGACCCGUGACGGGCCAAACAAUUCCUGACUCUACUAUAAUAUUGAUAGAUUGAUGUCUUUCUACGAGGCGGAGUCUUUUUCUCUUCUAGAACAGUGAAUAGAAAUGGUUGACAAAGCCAUAAGUCGAAAUGGGUUAUAAUAAUAUAUUUGGACUCUAAUGCUAUAUUUUCUUGUCCAAAGAAAUUGAAUGAUCUUGGUCUUCUUCGGUUCAAAACAAUAUUUGGACUUGGAGUGGCCGGUAGGCUUGAUCUUGAAGGACUACUUGGGAUGCAAAUGAAUGCAAACUCCUCUAAAAUGUUGAAUAACGGAGGAAGCACGAGCACUGCAGCACUUGAAGAACAACUUCUGGAAGAGGACAAUGACGAAGACGAUAUGUACCGCUUGUUAGCGAGGAUUGGACACGACAUGGGCAAUGAAACAUUUUAAGGCUCCAGCUCCUUUAUCGAUGGUAAUAUUAUUUCGUUCAGUUCACAACCUUGACCUUCAUUGAUGGAGGUUUCCAAGGAGUACGGAAACAUUACCAACAUCAUCGUCAUCAUCAUCAACUUCCAAAUACGGCAGCAUGGUCCUCUACAAUAGUUUCUAAGUACUAGGGAAACCAACAUGAUUCCCUUCUCCUUCUAAUCAACGGCGACGCUCUUACAAGACGGUGAUAUCGACCCUUUCGAUUGGGCAACUGCUGAACAGCAGGUCAACUCACUCGUCGCAACUCCUCGAGUGAUCACGAAGUUCAUCAACCACCAUAUGUUCGAUCACCACUGGCCGCAAGGGGGACUAGUAGAUAUGAAUGUCAAUGCUGUUCACGACAGUGUUGCUCACGAGGGCCAGGGAGGAGGUGUUCACGACCAGUCUGUUCACAGUGUCGUUCACGACCUGGCUGCUGUUCGCGACCGCGCUGUUCACAGUGUCGUUCACGACCUGGCUGCUGUUCGCGACCGCGCUGUUCGCGACCAGGCUGCUCACGAGGGCCAGGCUGCUCACGAGGGCCAGGAAGGAGGCGUGGAAGCUGAUUCCGUCAAUGAUCCUGUCGGAGUUGAGGACCACCUAUCCGUAGACGUUGAUGAUGAUGAACUUGAGGAGCAGAUGGAAGAAGGGUAUGAGCAGAUGAUGAACUUGAGGACCAAAAGUCAGCUUGAAAGACACGUGGAGAUGGAAGAAGGGUAUGACGAACUUGAGGUCGAUUCUAC